AUGUACGGUCACAACAGCCACCGACAGAAUCAUGGCCUGCUUAAUGGAGGAACACAACACCACAAUUUUCAGUCACAGAUGAACCUGAAUAAGAACUUCCAGAGUCAAAACCACAAUCAUCAGACACAUCAUGUGAACAGCCAGCAUCAGGAUCAUGGUGGCAUCAACAAUCACGCGACCUCAUAUGGCAACCACCAACAUACCGUAUCUGCCAGCACUUUGUCCAACAGCACACCGCACUUCACUCCUGCGAAUUUGCAAAACGGAACGCCAGAAAGCUCAGGAAAGCCUGCGAACGAGCAUUGGUCAGAGCAGAUCAGAGAAUACCACAAAUUGCGAUUGGCAGACCACAAAACACACUACUACGCAAGAAUCGCGCCAUCUGUGAACAGGUAUCCCGGGAACUUACCCUCUUCGGCCAAUGCGCGAGGAGAUGCAGAUGAACCGACGGACCGGCGGCGAGUGGUGGACGACGGUGACGAGAUGGCAACCUGGGAUUCGAUGGAUCUAUCAGGACAAGGACUGAAAGGAAUUGCACCGCAGCUAUUUCGAAGAUAUCCCAAGUUGAAGAAAUUAUACCUCAACUGGAACAAGCUUACUGAGAUACCCCCGUUGAUUGGACAAAUGCGGUUCUUGACAAUUUUGGAUCUCUCCAUGAACAAUCUGAGCUACUUGCCUCCGGAAAUUGGCAUGUUGACGAACUUGAAAAAGCUAACGCUGUUCGACAACAAUCUUGCCGAUCUUCCAUUCGAGCUCGGUUCAUUGUUUCAAUUAGAAUCGCUGGGUGUUGAAGGCAAUCCAAUGCGGCCAGACUACAAGGACCGGAUUAUGGAACAGGGCACUCAGGAGAUGAUUCGCUUUCUCCGAGAAGAAGCUCCCAGACCUGAACCACCGAAUGACCGCGCUUGGAUUCCCAUCGUCGAAGACGCAAGAGAGGCUGACAGCUUUACCAUCCUGAGCUGGAACACUCUCUGCGAUCGAGCUGCCACGGCUGCGAUGUACGGCUACACGCCUUCUGAAGCGCUAUCUUGGCCACGACGGCGAGACAUGAUUUUCGACGAAAUGACGGGUCGUAAUGCCGAUAUUAUGUGCCUGCAAGAAAUGGAUGUGGAGAACUUCAAUGAAUUCUUCCGACCGAAUCUUGCUCCUCUCGAUUAUAAGGGCGUCUUUUGGCCGAAGUCACGAGCACAAACCAUGGCGGAGAAGGAGGCAAAGGUGGUUGACGGUUGCGCAAUCUUCUACAAGAAUACCAAGUACAUUCUGCUCGACAAGCAGUUGAUCAUCUUUAGUCGAGAGGCAAUCAGCAGACCCGACAUGAAGGGCGAACAUGACGUUUACAACCGUGUCAUGCCGAGAGACCACGUCGCUGUCGUGGCCUUCUUGGAGAACCGACAAACAGGAGCUCGGAUGAUCGUUGCGAACACGCAUCUUACAUGGGAGCCCUGGUUCAGUGAUAUCAAAAUCGUGCAAGUGGCCAUCAUGAUGGAGCACCUCGCUAAGCUCUCCGAGACAUACGCCAAAUGGCCGCCGUGCAAAGACAAGGAGCUGUUCAAAUACGCCAACGACGACAGCGUCGACCUUGCGAAUGGUGUCAAGCCGCCACAUGCUCCGUCGAUGAAAUACGACGAGGCAACUCAGAUUCCACUUCUCGUCUGCGGAGAUUUCAACUCCACCCGUGAUUCGGGAGUGUACGAUCUCAUCACACAGGGAUCACUCUCGAAUUCCCACUCCGAGCUCGGUGACAACAAAUACGGUGACUUCACACGACACGGGAUGGGCCAUCCUUUCAGUCUCAAAUCCGCUUACAGCCACAUCAACGAAUUGCCGUUCACGAACUACACGCCCGACUUCCGCAAGGUCAUCGAUUGGGUCUUUUACUCGACCAACACAGUCCAGGUCACAGGGCUGCUCGGCGAGGUCGACAAGGAAUACAUGGCGCGCGUGCCUGGCUGGCCUAACCACUUCUUUCCCAGUGACCAUCUUCCACUGUUGAUAGAAUUCUCGCUGAAGGAGCGGAAGGAGCGGAAGCAAGCUGUGGAGGCCGACUUUGGACCUUCUUCGAGAAGGGACAAUCGGAAUUGA